GGUCGGUGUCAUCGUUGGGAGGUGGUGGUCCGUGUCGAAUUGGCCGGCGGGACGGCGGAGCCAGCCGCGUUUCCGGGGCAGGGGGUGCGGCGCCGGCUCCCGGGCGCCCCCUGGCGGCCCCGGCCGCGCCACGGUUCCCACAAUGCUCGCGUAGCCCCGCUCCCACUCCCCGGGCGGCGGCAGCUCCAAGAUGGCGCAGGCGAUCUUCGAGGCCCUGGAGGGAAUGGACAAUCAGACUGUUCUGGCUGUCCAGUCAUUGUUGGAUGGCCAAGGAGCAGUCCCUGAUCCAACAGGACAAAGUGUCAGUGCACCACCUGCCAUCCAGCCACUGGAUGACGAGGACGUCUUUCUCUGCGGGAAGUGUAAGAAGCAGUUCAACUCACUGCCGGCCUUUAUGACCCACAAGCGUGAACAGUGCCAGGGGAACGCCCCUGCCCUGGCCACGGUCUCGCUGGCUACCAACAGCAUCUACACACCUUCAGCAGCACCUGCUGCCGUCCCGCAAGCCCCGCCUCCUGCCAACCGUCAGAUCUCCACAUACAUCACAGUGCCCCCGUCGCCACUGAUUCAGACUCUGGUGCAAGGGAACAUCUUGGUGAGCGAUGACGUGCUCAUGUCUGCCAUGUCAGCCUUUACAUCCCUGGACCAGCCCAUGCCACAGGGGCCCCCACCUGUGCAGAACAGCUUGAACAUGCAUCCCGUGCCCAACUACCUCCCCCAGCCUCCACCGCCUCCUCCCCCACCUCCCCCCCUGCCCCCGCCCCCCCAGCCUCCCCCUCCCCCACCGCAGACCCUGGGCCCUUCUGGGCGCCCCAACCCCGUCGGGAACCCCGUCGGGAACAGUGUGGUGGGAGUGUACAGUGCAGCCGCUCCCAUGGCGGGGAACGGGACGGUGGAGAUUCAGGCCCUGGGGAUGCAGCCCUACCCGCCCCUGGAGGUGCCAAACCAGUGUGUGGAGGCUCCCGUGUACCCUCCACCCCCCGUGUACAGCCCUGGCAAGCAGGAAUUCAAACCAAAAGGACCCAGCACCACGGCCCCCAUGGCCAGUGCAGCUGGGAGCACAGUAGCCACUUUUGACUCUCCACCGACGCUGAAGACCCGACGUGCUAAAGGUGCUGGCGGAGCCCCAGAAGCCGCAGGGAAGCCAAAGGCUCAGAAACUCAAAUGCUCCUAUUGUGACAAGUCAUUCACCAAAAACUUUGAUCUUCAGCAACACAUCCGAAGCCACACAGGGGAAAAGCCCUUCCAGUGCAUUGCAUGUGGCCGAGCCUUCGCCCAGAAAUCUAAUGUCAAGAAGCACAUGCAGACUCAUAAGGUGUGGCCUCCAGGGCGCAGUGGUGGCACCGUCUCCCGGAACUCUGUGACGGUACAGGUCAUGGCUUUGAACCCCAGCAGGCAAGAAGAGGAAGAUGCAGGGUUGGGCCAGACCCUGCCCAGCAGCGCACAGCCCCAGGCCUUGCCCGAGGCAGGUGAAGAUGAAGGUGACAAGCCAGAGGCCAAGCAGGUGGUCCUCAUCGACAGCUCCUACCUGUGUCAGUUCUGCCCUAGCAAGUUCAGCACCUACUUCCAGCUCAAGUCUCACAUGAUCCAGCACAAGAAGGAGCAGGUGUACAAGUGUGUGGUCAAAAGCUGUGCCCAGAUGUUCCCCAAGCUGGAUACCUUUCUGGAGCACAUCAGAAGCCACCAGGAGGAGCUGAGCUACCGCUGCCAUCUCUGUAGCAAGGACUUCCCCUCGCUGUAUGACCUGGGCGUGCACCAGUACUCCCACAGUCUCCUGCCGCAGCACAGCCCCAAGAAGGACAGCACCGUCUACAAGUGUGUCAAGUGUGUCAACAAAUACUCCACUCCUGAGGCCUUGGAGCACCAUGUUCAGACGGCCACUCAUAGCUUCCCCUGCCCGCACUGCCAGAAGGUCUUCCCUUGCGAACGCUACCUGCGGCGUCACUUACCCACGCACGGCAGCGGCGGCCGGUUCAGGUGCCAGAUCUGUAAGAAGUUCUUCCGGAAGGAACACUACCUCAAGCUCCAUGCCCACAUCCACUCAGGUGAGAAGCCCUACAAAUGCUCAGUGUGCGAGUCUGCAUUCAACCGCAAGGACAAGUUGAAGAGGCAUAUGCUGAUCCACGAGCCCUUCAAGAAGUACAAAUGCCCCUUCUCGAUGCACACGGGCUGCAGUAAGGAGUUCAACCGGCAGGACAAGCUGAAAGCACACAUCCUCUCCCACGCCGGCCUGAAGCUCCACAAGUGUGGGCUGUGCAGCAAGUCCUUCAGCCGCCGCGCCCACCUGGCAGAGCACCAACGCGCGCACACGGGCAACUACAAGUUCCGCUGUGCAGGCUGUGCCAAGGGCUUCUCAAGACACAAAUACCUCAAGGAUCACCGCUGCCGCUUGGGCCCCACGAAGGAUAAGGACCUGCAAGCCCGGCGGCCUCCUCGGAGGAGGGCAGCCCCACGUGGUGGCGGCAGCAUUGUCGGCGUGCACAAGGAGGAGAGCCCCAUGCCCGACCCAUUGGGACUGGAGGAUCUGAAGGCCGCAGGGCCCGCGCCCGAGGCUGCCCCUGGCAAGCCUCCCUUCGAGCAGGAUGCCGUGCUCUCCAUCGUGGUGGGUGGAGACCCGGAGCUGGUGGUGCCUGGGCACACGGAGGGUCUGGGCUCCAACCUGGCGCUGGCCGAGCUGCAGACUGGGACGGAGGGAGCGUGCGCCAUGCUUGCCGUCCCUGUCUACAUCCAGGCCUCAGAGUGAGCAGGCUGGGCCUUCCAGAGGGGCCCCUGGCACAAGCCCUUUCGGAAGUUACUGUGUCAUCCUCGUCCCACGGCCGUCCUCCUAUGCCCCGCGAUCAUCUGGGGAGCCCCGUAGCACUCACAGGGUCUGAGGCAGGCGCCGCAGCUCCAGAGCACAGCAGCAGGAAGAGAGAUGGCCAGAGCAUGAGGUGAUGGAGGCUGGUACUUGGGCCUCCUCCAAGAGAAGGCAGAGUGGUCCCCCCCCACCUAAAGAGGCCUCAGGUCAGGCUGUUCUUCAGGAUGCUAGCUGGAUGUGGCUGGAGUCCUUGUGUCUUGAACCAGAACACUUCCUGGUGGCGUGACUGUGUGUGAGAGGCGCGUAGCUUGGGGCUUAGACUGGAGCUACCAGGCAACCUGGCUUCAGGCUCACCAGUGUGACCUGGAGCACUUCACCUCCGUGCUCCAUGUCCCUCCCCUGUACCACAGGACUUCCUGUAGCACUACCUCCUAGAGUGUCCGAGGACAUAGUAUGUUGAAAUGUGCAAAGGGCUGGGCACAGCAGCCAUGGCCUGGAAAGUGCUCAGUAAAUCUCAAUAAAUGUGUUUACCAACGACGCGCGUCCAAACC